AUGAUCCAUUGCUCGGAGUGUAAGGAAUGGUAUCAUUUUCGGUGUGUUCAGUUAAGCGAGAGAGACGCAGAGGAUAUCGAGUUGUACACCUGCCCUCCUUGCCACGACAAGACUGGUUUGCGGACGAUCAUGGAAUGGGAAGGACCAGAAGCAUUCGAGCUCGUCCCUGAACAAGAACAAACGCCAAAGCAGCCUGCGAAAGUGGCUUCCUGGGAGAGUGCUGAGGAGGUGGUGCACGAAAAGGAGGAGGAACACAUAUCAGAGUCUGACGACAGCGGGGACGAGUAUGUUGUGGAAGCGAGGGCAAAACCUGUAGGAAAGCGCCGUGUCCGACGAGUGUCAUCGUCGUCCGAGUCCGACGCCGAGUCAGUCGCUUCAGUAGCGAGAGCACCCAAGAGGCUACGUCGCGCGAGUGAGGUGUCGAAGAGUGUCGGCGCUCGUACUCAUAGUCCAUCUCCGGCGCCCAGUAGCCUUACGAAGCGGAAGAAGUCCAUCUCUUCUCAGCCCGAUGCGAAGCGGAGACGGUCUGAAUCUACUUUAGGCGAGGAUCCUGCGAGAAAGUAUUGCCUGACAAAGUUGCAGGAGCUGUUUUGUCAAAUCUUCCUGCGCUAUCCUUUUCUGCAGGAGGAGACCCAUUCGGACGACCCGAGUGAGAAUGCACAGCCGGAUAAGAAACAGGAGGAUCUUACGGAUGAGGACAAGCAGGCGUUGGAGGGUAAGGCGAAGCAGUUCGCGACUGACCUCGAGCAAUGCAUGUACGACCUGUAUUCUGAACCCGAUAAAAACGGGAAACAUGGUGUUGCGGGGAAGUAUAAGGAGCGUUUCCGGAUGCUAUCAUUUAAUCUGAGCAAACCUGAUCGUGUUUCUCUUCACAUGCGCAUUGCUUCGUCUCAUAUUACCCCGAAAGAAUUAUCAACGAUGUCUUCGACUGAUCUAGCCAAUGAAGAAACACAGCAGUCCAUCAGACAGGCCGAACAAGAGGCGUUGGCGCAUUCUAUCCUGAAGAAGCAGACACUCCCGCGCGCCAAGAUCACCCACAAGGGUAUUCAGGACAUCGAGGAUAUGAAUGGCGGAUCGCGUGAAGUUGAGCAUGAGCGCGAGGAAGAGGAGGAGGAGGAGAGGAUUGAGAGAGAGCGGCUUGCACGUCUGAAGGUCCAAGCCCAGCGAGCGGCGUCCUCUUCCGUUCCGCCUGAGUCUCCCAUCGUGCCACAGACUCCGAGCUGGGGCGGACCCCCGCAGGCCCCUUCGCAUGCGGGAGAACCUGCUGCCUCGUCGGCGUUGAGUCUGGGACGGCCGUCGCUGAAUCCGUUGUUCGUACCGCCCGCGUCAGAAUUUACGGGGCCUGUGGAGGGCGAGUUGAAUCUUGCAGACCUCAUCAAUAUUGACGAGGAACCCUCUCAUGAUGACAACGCGAUGUCCGUUGACUCCAUACCGACACCAUUCGGAGAGACCCCUUCACUAUCAACGAGGCAGGACUCGACGCCUACUGUGCAGACACCACCCCUUGUUUCUCCUCGGGAGCCUGCUGGUAUCUCUCCAUUCGCUGAGAAGAGCUCAAAGCCCGACCUUUCAUCUCGUCCUUCCUUCGAUCUCAAGGCCCUAUGGAGUCCCAAAUCUGCAGAUCCAGGACCCGAGCAACAGGCCGGGGGUGCAGCGGAAGGCGCAACCCACGACGAGGCGCACCAUCAUCAUAUGGAUAUGGACAUUCUUGGUGAGGAAGCGGACGACCAGGACUUUGAUAUGUUCUUGGGCAGAGACGAAGAAGAUAAGGCUGCUCCCGAAGUUGUUGACAAUAGCCCCGAGGCAUUUCGUGCGGCGUUUGAGGCUCUACCCAGAAUCUGGUCAGGGACGCUGAGUAUGCCCUUGGAUUCAACCAUGGCACAGGAGGUAUCUGUCGAUGCACGUCAGAUGGGUGGUCGGACAUUGGACAACCCGCUAUUAUGGCAGACCUUAUUCCCUACGAGAGAAUUAAGAAUUGACGGUCGCGUACCGGUCGAGAAAUCAGCCCAAUAUUUGACCCAGAUGCGUUUGAAUCCUACAAAAGAGUUGAUCGCCGCCGCCUUUUCGCCAGUAGUAGUACCUGGCUUCGAGAGUCAAGGUUUCAAAAAUCUCGUUGAACACCUUACCACGAAGGGACGACAUGGCCUUGUCUUCCCGUGGGGCAACAGGCCCAAAGAACACAGUCCUGGCCGGGAACUGUAUAUUAUACCCUUACUAUCUACAGAUCCCAUUCCAGAUUACAUGGAACUUCUGGAUGACCUGCGACUACCCAAGCUGCGGAACGCCAACUACCUGAUCGGUAUCUGGGUUCUCAACAAAGGAAAACUCGCUCCCCCGCCAACACCGCAAGGAUUAUUACCUCCUCAAGUUGCACAUCUUGCCAUCGAUCUCUCUCAGCUCCAGCAAUCUUCCACCACAGUGCCGAUUCCGAAUAUCUUCUCUCAAGCUGUACCUCCAUCGGUGACCACACCUAUGGCUCAGCCACAGCCACAACCCACGGCGGCGACGUCAGCGCUAGCCGCGGAAGUCGCGUCGCUGACGCCGGAGGAGAUCCAGCUGAUGCUGCGUACUCUAUCCUCAGCGAUCCCCGCACAGCCCGCUGCGCCACCGGUGCCGGCAGUUGCACCACCGCCCGCACCUCCCGCCCAAACCGGGAUGUCCGCGAUCCCCAUCCAGCCCUGGGGAGCGCCCGCCCCAAGCUUCCCUCCGGCGUACUCACCUCCCAACACCGCUUUCUCCGCGCAGCCGUCGCCGCCGCAUCCUUCGCGGCCGUACCCUGACAUGCCAUAUGAUAAUUACCCCCACGAUCAGCAAGAGCAGGGCUACGGCUGUCCGUCGGGCUCGCAAUAUGGCGGCAGAGGUGGCGAGCGCGGCUAUCGUGGGCGCGGCGGCCCGCCACCACGUGGGCGGGGCCGCGACAGGCAGCGGGAUGCUGGCUGGCCGAAGAGCAGGGGGCGCGGGCGGGGUGGGCCCGGGCCUUCGAGUCCUACGCGCGAGAGGGGAGGGAGAUGGGGGGAGUCGCGGUGGAGCUGA